AUGGUCUACUAUUUCACAUCAAAUGUGGUGAACCCUGCCGCCUUUAUCUAUGUCGGAAAAGAUAAGUUUGAGAACGAGGAUCUCAUCAAGUACGGCCUAGAGAAAGAUGUCUGUGCCCAUGUCUACUUGCGCCUUCGUGAUGGCGAAACAUGGGACAAUAUCCCACAGCCGCUCUUGGAAGAUUGUGCCCAGCUUACCAAAGCCAACUCGAUUGAAGGAAACAAGAAGGACAAUAUCACCGUCAUCUACACACCGUGGUCGAACCUUAUGAAAGAUGGCUCAAUGGCAACCGGCCAGGUCUCAUUUCACAAUCCAAAGAUGGUGCGGAAAGUUUACGUCCGGCAACGCGAGAAUCCUAUUGUCAAUCGGCUUAACAAGACCCGUGUGGAGAAGCACCCUGAUCUUCGCGCUGAGAAGGAGGAGUUCCUGACGAAAAAGCAGAGGGAAGAACGAAAGGGAAGGGAUGAACAACGCUCAAGGGAGAAACAAGAACGAAGGGAAAGAGAGCAGCUGAAAUGGCAGAAAGAACAUGCGUACGACGAUCUCAUGAGCGAAGAGAAUAUCCAGGCAAGCAGCAACCAGGAUCGCGAUCCAGACUUCCUGGAUGACUUCAUGUGA